CCAACCAAACUUAACCAGAAAGCAUCCCCAAACUCGCCGAGCACUUCCGCCCCCCGCUCCCAAUAACUCCGGCAGCGUCUCUCCCUCCGUGCCUUGCUGAGGAGGAGGAAGAGAGGAAGAGCAGCGGCGGAGCAGCGGGCGCGGAAGAUGGAGGUCUCCACGGACCAGCCGCGGUGGGUGAGCCCCCACCACCCUCCCGUGCUCAAUGGGCAGCACCCGGACUCACAUCACCACACGCUUGGCCAUACCUACAUGGACCCCACGCAGUAUCCUCUCGCCGAGGAAGUGGAUGUACUUUUUAAUAUCGACGGACAAGGCAACCCCGUCCCUCCCUAUUACGGCAACUCCGUGAGAGCCACCGUGCAGAGAUACCCCACGGCCCACCACGGGAGCCAGGUCUGCCGCCCGCCGCUGCUGCACGGCUCUCUGCCCUGGCUGGACGGGAGCAAGGCGCUGAGCAGCCACCACAGCGCUUCCCCAUGGAACCUCAGCCCUUUCCCCAAGACCUCCAUCCAUCACAGCUCACCGGGACCCCUCUCCGUUUACCCACCCGUCUCCUCUUCUACCUUAUCCGCCGGCCACUCCAGCCCGCACCUCUUCACCUUCCCGCCGACCCCUCCGAAAGAUGUGUCCCCGGAUCCGUCCAUCUCCACACCCGGCUCCACCGGCUCCACCCGGCAGGACGAGAAGGAAUGCAUCAAAUACCAGGUGUCCCUGGCUGAUACCAUGAAGCUGGAGUCCUCUCACUCCCGGAGCAGCAUGGCCUCUUUAGGAGGAGCCACCUCCUCUGCUCAUCACCCCAUCACGACCUACCCGCCGUAUGUCCCAGAAUAUGGCUCUGGACUUUUUCCCCCCAGUAGCCUCCUAGGAGGAUCCCCUACCGGGUUUGGGUGUAAAUCGCGACCGAAAGCACGGUCAAGCACAGAAGGCAGGGAGUGUGUAAAUUGCGGGGCUACCUCAACCCCUCUGUGGAGAAGAGACGGCACUGGGCAUUAUUUGUGUAACGCCUGUGGACUCUAUCACAAAAUGAACGGGCAGAACCGGCCCCUGAUCAAACCCAAGAGAAGGCUGUCUGCAGCCAGGAGGGCGGGCACGUCCUGCGCGAACUGUCAGACCACCACUACCACCCUGUGGAGGAGAAAUGCCAACGGCGAUCCCGUCUGUAACGCCUGCGGGCUCUACUACAAGCUGCACAAUAUUAACAGACCCCUGACUAUGAAGAAAGAAGGAAUUCAGACCAGAAACCGGAAAAUGUCUAGCAAAUCCAAAAAGUGCAAAAAGGUCCAUGACAACCUUGAAGACUUUCCCAAGAGCAGCUCCUUUAACCCUGCCGCCCUCUCCAGACACAUGUCCUCCAUCAGCCACAUUUCACCUUUCAGUCACUCCAGCCACAUGCUGACUACACCGACACCGAUGCAUCCUCCAUCCAGCCUCUCCUUCGGACCUCACCAUCCUUCCAGUAUGGUCACUGCCAUGGGUUAGCAAGAGACUCCCCUGCUGAAUGCUUACGGUCUCAAAGUGAGAUUUACUUUAUAUACUUGCAUUUUUGCAGGCGUGUGGUUAUGGGUCUGACGUCCCGAAUCAAAUGGGAGGGGGAAAAAAAAGAAUAUUAAAAAAAAAAAAAAGAUUAUUUGAAGGCAUAAGAGAGAAAAAAAAUUAAAAAACACAGGAAAAAACUACAAAAAAACACAAAAAGGAAAAAAAAAAGAAAAAAAGAGAGAAAAUAAUAAAAAAAAGUUUUAGAAAAGUGAUGUUUGCCACUUUUUAAAGGAACUCACUAUGGCUUCUAUGUAUUCUUACCCACUGAAUCUGGAUCCCAUUUGUGAAUAAGCCAUUCAGAACUUGCAUUCCCUAUUGGACAGGAUCUCUAGUGCUGUGAAAAAAAAAAGAAUAAUAUGAAAUAAAAUAAAGUAAAAAGCGCUGAACAUUGCAUAUAACUUAUAUUGUAAGAAAUACUGUACAUUGAGGAAGACUUUAUUGCAUCUGGAGAGCUGUAAAGACAAAGAAAAAGGCAUGAAGGACUCCGAGAGAUUUUUCUUUUUUCUUUUUUUUUUUUUUUAAAAAGGAAAACAGACAAAAAAGUAAAGAGCAAUGGAGGACAAUUGAGAAACCAGACAAACAAACAAUGCUGACCAAGAGGAAACGCGGUCUUAUGAACAAAUGGACCAACUGCCAGUCAUGUCUUCUCCUUUGAUUUGAUUUUAUUUGUUGGUUUUGGUUUGGUUUCUUUUCAUUUGGUUGCUGGGGAAGGGGGAGGGGGCUGGCUAGAACGGUUGUUGGAUGAUGCAUUAACUAACUAAUGAAAUAAAUAAUUAAAUCAAUAAAAACCUAUAGGGAGAUCAUUCAUUUUGGGCCAUGGGCCCUUUUACAUAGGAAGUACCAAUGGUGUCAGGCAAUCAGUGUUACCAUGCGGACAUUGCCAACAAGGGGUUUUCAGAUAGCCAUUCUCCAGGUCUAUAUGCAUUGUGAACAAGUUCCUGUAAUUGUUGUUUGUAUGUAUAAUUCAACGCACCAAAAUAAGGAAGAUGUAGAUUUAUUUCAUCCUAUUAUACAGACUGAAUGGUUGUACAAAUUUAUUUACUGCUAGUGAUAAGACCUGCUUUUUUUUUUUCAUAUUUUUCUUCCUUUUUUUUUUUUUUGAGAAUAAACUAGAUUAAAUUCUGUUGA